AUGGAUGCUGGCAUGACGAGGCGCCAACUACUACUCAUCUUCCUCUUGACCGCCUUUACUGUCUUCGUGUAUCACCGGCAAUACUUUUUCGCUGCUGAGCAAGGAACAACCUCGCCCAGUCAAACUAUGCCACCCAACACACAGUCCCCGACUGUCAUAGUCGUCGGCGCCGGCUUAGCCGGUCUCUCGGCCUCGUACUCUGCUCUAAGGGCCGGCGCGGCAGUCCGGCUCCUCGAGCGCGCCGAGAAGCCCGGCGGCAACAGCAUCAAGGCCUCGUCGGGGAUCAAUGGAGCACCGACCCGAUUUCAAAAGGGGCCUGACACGUCAUUUCACAGCGACACUGUCCGAUCCGCGGGCGCAAGGCUUGCAAAGGCGGAUGACUCUGCGGUGAACUUCAGACGGAAGGAGCGCGAGUCACUCAUUUCGAGAUUGACUGGCUCCUCUGCCCAGGCAGUUGAUUUCCUGGUGGACGAGAUCGGAGUUGAACUAAGCGUGGUCGCACAACUGGGCGGCCACAGCUUCCCUCGCACACACAGAGGAGGCGGCAAACUCCCGCCUGGGGCGGCAAUUGUCACUGGGCUGCUGGAGAAGCUGAAACAGGACCCGAACUUCGAACUUCAGACGGGAUGUGAGGUCAGCAAGAUACUGACAGCAACCGAGGAUAAAGGCGCCGUGAAGGGGGUCCAGUACACCAAAGAAGGCUCGCCACACACGCUUGAAGGCGCUGUGGUCUUCACGACUGGAGGAUUUGCGGGUGAUACCUGGGGAUUGUUGAAGCAAUACCGACCUGAUCUCUCCGGUCUCCCCUCGACAAACGACAACAGGCCGGGAACACACAAUAUACUCACAGAUUUAGGUGCUCAUCUCGUGGACAUGGAAAGUGUACAGAUCCAUCCGACAGGUUUCAUUCUUCCCUCUGAUCCUCAGGCAAGGGUAAAGUUCCUGGCUGCCGAAAUGCUGAGGGGUGAGGGAGGAAUUCUGCUGCACAAGGGGAAGCGCUUUGUCAACGAGAUGGACACGAGGGAGCAUGUCAGCAAUGUCAUCAUGAGUCUCCCUUCCGCAAAGCCAGACCAGGAGAGUGUCGAGGCAUUGACUCAAUGGGACGUUGAGCUCCUACUCGAUCCCGGAGCGUGUGACGCGGCGUCAUCACACAUUGGGUUCUAUUUAUGGAAGGGUCUGUUGACAAAGAAGAAAGUCAAAGAUCUGGAUGAGACGACGAAGCAGACAAUCCACGAGUAUGCACAAGUUGCGGCUGGCAAGGCGAAAGACGAAUUUGGACGAACGACGUUUGGGUCUUGGAGGCUGGCAGGCACUGCCGCAGAUGACGAGCAGGAGGUCUGUGUCGGGCGAGUCACUCCCAUCACGCAUUUUACCAUGGGCGGUGCUGCCAUCAACGAGAAGAGCCAAAUCCUGGUUUCAGGUGCAGCUGGACAGGACUUAAGGCCCGUUGAAGGUCUGUGGGCAGCUGGAGAGAUCACCGGCGGCAUCCACGGGGACAAUCGGUUGGGCGGUUCGUCGUUGCUCGAAUGCGUGGUCUUUGGACGAGUCGCGGGCCACGAGGCGGCUGCGUAUGCCAGGUCGGCAGCGGUCUAG